ACGAUUAAGUACUACUGUUCUCAAUGCAAUCACAAACAUUUUCCAAGCAGCACUCCACGAUGCUGGAGACUCGCCGCAAGCUCCUCAAUGCAGCGCUGUCUGGCAAUAUGGUCUUGUCCUGCGCAUUGUUGCUGACUACCAUGUUUCUCCUGGAGACUCCGUACGUGGGUUUCGACGCUACAAUCACCGCCGGUGUCUACGUGGUUUUCACAUUCGUGGCCAUCGUCAUCCUGAACAAGUCGCCGUCAGCAUUUUCCAUUGGAUUUCUGGUCGGAGCGUCAUUGCUUGUGCUGGUGCUGGCGUUCCAGGGUGCUUUCUAUUGGGGGUUGGAGGCGCACAACAAUCCACGACGGAAGACUGCAGCAUAUUUAGCGUCUGGAUUUCACGCUGUAAUAUUCACGGUGCAGUGUGUGGUGACAACCGUUGUGGUCAAGUCCAAGGAAGACGUUAUCGACACUUACGCAGCGUACGAGUACAUUCCUGACACAAGUUACCCCGACAACGCCAUCUUGGCUAAUAUGGCAUCGCCUAUCAAUUAUCAGGCGACUAUCCCCACUGCCGACAUUUGACUAUAAUUGUUUUUGAGGAAGGCGUGUGACGAUCUGUCUGCGUGUGUAGCACAACAAUGAGGUUUUGUCUAGUACGCUUCGCCUCAGCUUUGCGGCUUGAUUCCGCCAUCAAGAGUUUAGCGUUCAGUUAAAAGUCUCCAGCUCUUCAGAAACGCCAGCACGUCGCGCUCUUCAUCUUCGAGCGAGUGAUGACUGUCUACACGUUGUCUUUAUUUCGCUGAAAUCACAUCAAGGUUACCAGCCACGACAUUAGCGACAAAAUCACGCUGACACUUGUCUUCGUUCUCGAUUUUGUGCGCAUAACAUGAUACUCUAGAGCUCUUUCAUUGGAAGCCGAGUGUGCCUACCACAAUCCUUAUCCUCAAGCAUCGACGGGGUGCCCCGGUUCUCAAGGUC